GUGGGGCAGGGAAGAAGAACCAUGGGAUGAUCACCUGAAGUUGUUUACUCAUGACGGGGACACUUCUGCUCGGGGAAUAAAAAAAUGGGUUUCUUUCCUUAUACCUCUUAUUUGACUGCUCUUACUUCUCUUGCUGGUUUAUCUUCGUCACUACAGCUUGUCUGGUUAUGCACUGGUUUGGUUUUUAGUAUGUGGGGUGCCAACCAGGUAAGUUUGUGGGUGUGUACGUGCCUCGUGUUUGCUUGUUCUUAUGAUAUCUUGACCAUUAUAUAUCAUUCAGUGUUCAGUCGAGCGUUUUUUAUCGUUAUUUAGGUUGUAUUUCCGGAGGUAUUGGGGUUUUUAGCUUCCCCGGUGGCUGAUUUGUGUCCAGAUAAUGUGCCUCGUGUUUCGACCGUGUUUAUUGAUUAGUUUUUAUUAUGUCUUGGUAAGCAGGGAUAAUUUCGUAGUCCAGAGGCUAUAUACUAUUUUUGCAGGGCACGGUACCAUUAAUUAUUGGGUUACUUAGCUUCUUGUGGUAUUGAUUCUUUUUAUCUAAACCUCUUGUUGGGUUUAUGUUGCUUGUUUGAGGAAUAUAUCUUAUGUUUAAUCCUGUUUGGUCUUUCAUUCACAGUUCAACGCUAUUUGCAGGGUAGCUUGGCUCUUUAGCAGACCAACCCUAUCUUUGGUAAUGGUCCAAUUAUCAAGCAUCCUCAUUAUGUGGGAGACAAAGAUUACAUCUCUAAGCUGCUUGGAAUGACCCCUGGACAUCUGAAGACAGAAGUUAUGAUUUUUUCUUUGAAGACUUACAAGAUCUAUUGGCACAAGUCACUUACAGAAGGAAACAGAAGGGAGUGAGAUGAAUAACAAGAAAUGUGUGGUCUGUGGCACCAUCCCAGAAAGUAGUGAUCCCUGCAUACUUUUGCACCAUGGAAUUACAGAACACACUGCUACACCCCUCAGGGAUAUGGUGGGUCCUGCAUUGCAGCAGGGACUCAACACCUCAGACAUCAUUUGUGUGCGAUGCCUUGACUUGUUUAAUGAGAAGGACCGCCUGCAAAAGCUGACCACUGAUAUGGACAGCCACAUUCAAACCAAGAUCCAAGAAACUUCCAGGAAAGAAGUGGAUGGAGAGGAAGAUGCUUCAAGCUCUAUAAACAUUGUGGUUGGGAGCACAGGAGAGAAGCAAGGUAUUAAAGACCAGCUUGAGAGUCAGUAUAAGAACAUGAGGUUGGCACCAUCAAGCUCUGACACAAUAUGGACAUCACAGGAGAAAAAUAGAGAAGCAGUAGCAACAAGAAAUGCAUCCCAGAAACGCAGAGGCCGGCCACCAAAGGAUACUCAGUGGGCUGCCAAGAGAAGGGAGCCACCUCCGCUGAUGGUGAACCACCGGGAAAAGAGGCAGCGUUCAGCUAAAUUCAGCACUUUCCUUGAAGUGCUGAAAGGAGAGAAGGAGUUCUACAUUGAGGAUGAAGGAGAUGAGCCUCGAAGCAAGAAGCGGAAUCGAGGAAAACGGAAAAGAACACUUGAGCCCGGUCCAGAUAUUGUCAAGGUAGAGCAAUCAAAGGAAGAAGGAUUAGAGAGAACAUGUAUCAUUCAGGUGACAGACAUGGAGCUGUCACGAGAGAAGGAGCGGCUGGACCUGGAUGAAGUAGUGCAGGAGAUUCUGGGGAUUGGUGUUGACCACACAUCCUCACUAAUCCCUAGCAUGGAUAGUCUGGGGUGUAGCACCAGAGGUGGACAGGAAGAGGUGGAGGAGGAAGAUGAUGAUCUAAUUAGUGCCAUCAACAAAAUGAGUGCUGAAGAGGAGGAAGGAAGCAGUAGAGAUGCUGAAGAGAUGAACACUACUCAUCAUAUAAAGCUGGAACCAGAAGAACAAAAUGAAUUACAGCAGACACAACAGCAGGAGCAAGACGACCAAAGCAGUGUUUGGCCUCAGAUGAAGAAUGAAUCCGGAUGCUCUGCGACACCAUUUAUUGAAGUGACAGAGAUCAAAGAAGACUUGGUGGCAGGAAUGCCCAGUGUGGAAGUCACUCUCUCCCAUGAUGGCAGUGACACCUUGCAUGCAACCAUCAGUGACUCUGCUGCCCUAUCUCAAACUUCUCCCAGUGAUGCUACUGACACUUUUGAAACUGACAUCAAGAGUGAGGACUCCAAUAGACCAGCCAUUGGUGUUAAGAAGUACCGAUGCAAGUUGUGUGCCAGUACUUUUCCAGAGCGCGAAGAUGCACGGCAGCAUGCCCAAGAAUGUCAUGGUGGAAACCUUUCCUUGACAGGUAGCAAGAAAAAUGAGGAUAGCUUUAAAUGUAGUGAUUGUAAUCGAUACUUCCCCACAGCACGGGGCCGUGACAGACACCACCUCCACAUGCACCUCAAGCAUCAGCCAGCUCAGUGUCCUGAGUGUCCCAGCACUUUCAAUAGUUUUCGUCCUUUAGAGCGCCAUCUCCGUAAUCAUCAUGACAAGGAUCCAACUCUGUACUGUGAGCUGUGUGAUAUGGAGUUUGUCCUUGGCACUUCCUUGGAACACCAUAAGGAGAUAGUGCAUCCUAAUGUCCCCAGCAAAACCAGAGUGGUCAGAACUACCAACAACCAGAGAGCACAGGAGCCAGAGAAGCAGAAUCGAGUGUUUGUGUGUCCUUUAUGCAACGAGAAGUUAGUGGGAGCGAGGGCUUUUCGUCUACACCAUCAGAAAAUGCAUAAUGGUUGUGAGUUCAAUUGUACUUAUUGCAACUAUAAAAGUACCUGCUUUAGCUCUAUAAACAGGCACAUGGUGAGGGUACACAAGGCCUUUGAUAUGAAGCUUUACAGUUGUCAGAGUUGUUCCGCUCGUUAUAGCAUCCCGAGGGAUCUUGAAGAACAUUAUCUAUGUGUUCACAACAUAGAAGCCACAUUACUCUGUCAACACUGUGGGGAAAAAUUUGCCUGUGUGGACAUGCUUAGAUUUCAUCGCAACAGUCACAGGGCUUUUUCAUGUAAGCUGUGUCAUCUGGGUUUUAUGAAAGAAGAGGCCCUAGAAUACCAUGUUAAAACUGUUCAUCACUGCGACCCAGUUGGAGGCACUGAAAGAGUUAGAAAUCCAUUAAAGAGUAAGGAUGUAAGUGCAGACAGCAAAAGUGACAAGAAAGAUGAUGAUAAUGAGAAAGAUGCAUCAGUACCAAAGGUGCUAGUCAUUGCAACUGAUGGCUCAGUGCAGGUGAAGGAGGAGAAGGAAGAAAGUGCUGAGCCUACAAAUGACGUGACUCUUCACCUUCAGCAAACACGGGAGGGAGGUCUGGAGGAGAUGGAUAUGCUCAACCCCCUCAAGGGUCAGCGUGUGAAAGAUCUGCCGAAGAAGAUGAGCUGUCCUAUUUGCAACAAAGUGUUAACAACAAAGUUUCUGAGAACACACAUGUUGAGUCACAAGGGUAACUUGCCCCACAAGUGUCGAUUAUGUGACAAGGCCUAUGCACAAGGAACUCUGUUACGCAAACACAUGAAGAACAGACACUACGAGGAAUUUCUAAAAUUAGGCAACAAGAAUCCAAAAAAACAAAAAGCUGCUUGUGAUUUUUGUGAAGAAAUAUUCAAUGACAUUUACUCUUUGGAAGAGCAUUUAUGGAUGCAUAUGGAUGAAAAAGCUUUUGAGUGCACAGAUUGCAAGAUAAAAUUUGGCAUGGAGAGUAACUUGAGAGAACAUUACAAGAGUCAUUACUUCAAGGAGGCCAAACCAUGUCCUGUGUGUCAGAGAGAAUUUAAGUCCAUUGGGUUUUACAAUAGUCACGUGGAGAAGUGUCAGAAACGAUGGAAGUGUGAACAGUGUGGCUUGGAGUGUGAUACCCAGGAAUACUAUCGAAAACACCACAGAUCAGAGCAUGGAGGUGAGAAUGUAGUUAGGUAUCAUUGCUCCCUUUGUGAGAAAUCCUUUGUGGAGCGGCAUCGCUAUGAUGACCACAUGAUUACCCAUUCAUCAGAAAAGGCUUUCACAUGCCACAUUUGUCUGAAGCAGUUCAAGCGACAACGCCCACUAAAUGACCACUUAGUGCGCACUCAUUCAAAUGGAUUGUUCAUGUGCUCUUACUGCUCCAAGACAUUUCAGAAACAACAAGAUCUUGAUGCUCAUAAACUAAAGCAUAAAAGAGAAUUCCCUUGUGCAUCUUGCAGUCAUGUAUAUUCUUCCAAUGAAGCUCUUCUUAAUCACCUGAUGGUCCACCAUUCUGAAUCUAAUCAUUUUUGUCACAUGUGUGCUGUUCUUUUCACCAAACAGAUCCAGUUAAAGAACCAUUUGGUGACCCAUAGCACCAGCACACCCCACAUCUGCCAGGUGGACCGAUGCCACAAGAUGUUCAGGUCAGAGGGUCUAUUACGUAACCAUGUUGCUCGCCGGCAUCACGGACUCCAUUAUGACUGUCCUGUCUGUGACCGCAAGUUUAGUCUUGAAUCGGAUCAGAUCCGUCAUGUUGCGACACAUUCUAGUGGAUCUUCUGUGACGUGUGAGGAAUGUGGACGCAGUUUUCGCAGUGAAGCUUUAUUGGAGAGACACAUGGUAACACACACUCAAGAAAAGCCCUAUGAGUGUGGGGUUUGCCAGCAUGCUACCUCAACAAGACACCAAAUUAUGCGCCACAUACAAAGUGAACAUGACCUUCCUGAUGUCUCUUCUCAUGUUAUUGUGAACCGGUGGCGGUGCUCGAUGUGUGGCAAGAUGUUUGUGGUCAGAAGUUCAAUCAUGCGACAUCUCCUGGAGCAUGCCACACAUGGUGUGGAGGCUCAGGGCCAUGCUGUAAAGACACGCUCACCCUCAUCAAGUCUAGAGCUGUCAUUGCCAUCUGGCUCAGUGGACCCAGCUACUGCUACUGCUUCCUUCCUGGAACAAGUGUCAUCUCUCAGCUGGCAGGAUCUUACACGACUGCUGCGGUUUCACGUCAUGGGUGACAACGAAAAUGACAAGGGGGAGGGAGCAACCAUCAAUACCGAUGUGUGGCAGUGUCCAGGAUGCCUCCAUGCCACACAGACAGAAGAUGAUAUGAGAGACCACUUGCUGGGAUCCUCAGAGUGUCAGGAGGCUGUCAUUCUGCAGCUGGCAGGUGGAUUGGCCACCACAGAAGAUACAGAGGAAGAAAAUAAUGCAGAGGAACAAUUAAUUGAAGGUGAAGGGAAUGGAACUGUCCUCCAGCUGGCCAGUACUGACGGAGGCCUCCAGUAUGUCAUUAUGCGAGAAGAGGAUGAGGACACUUCACCCCAGAGGUUUAGUGAAAGCACCAAAGAAAUUCAGUCUGAAGAAGGAGAGGAAGGAGAAAUGCAAGUGUUGGUAAGCGUGGAUGACAGUCUUCAGCAACUUCUUCAUCAAGAGCCAACAAGUCCAAAUAUCCAAAUUAUUGUUGAAGACUCUACUCCACUAAAGCGUUUUCUAACAGAGAAUGCAGAGGAAACAGUAAAUCCAGCAGCAAACAUCUCACAAAAUGAGAGUAGCCAGGACAGCCUCCCUGCAGAUGCCACCCUACUCAAUGGAUCAGAGGUGCUGCUACAGACUGUUGAUGGAAGGUUGGUUCUUCAACAGACUGUUGGGGGAGUAACACAGUAUCAGCUAGUGGAAGGUGUCCCAACCACCGCCAUAGAGGAUACUGCACCGACCCUCCUCCCUGACCAUUCCUCUACCCUGGAUGAGGAAUUCAUAUUGCCAAAUUAAAACUACCUUAGGAAGAAGAGGCACUUGCUGGUGUUGGCAGAAAGGCCAUUGAUUUAAGAAUCUGUGGACAAAUGCUUUAUAAACUGACAAGACUGACUGUACAAUCUUUGUGGAAUAUUAGUUUUCCUAAAUCUUAGAUUAAUGGAGUUGGUUUGUGGACUCAUGAUGUUACACAAUUUCUGUCUUGCAUUUUGAUUUACAUGACUGGCAGUGCAAUAACUUGUGCUUUGAACUGUUGAGCCUUGAAGGGAAUAAAUAUCUAGAGGAAAAUGGCUUGUAAUAUAACUAAUGAAAGGUUCAAGGUACGACAUUCAUUGUAACAAAUACUUUGUUAAUGUCCCUCAAUCUUUUCUUUCAUGUGUCUUCUUUCACAAGAUAUCUUUUCCUGUAUCUACUGUACAUGUAUGAGGUUGAUGCUUUUGACAACACUCCUUCAAGUGACCAGGUUCUGUAUUCUUAAAUGCACUGAUCUCUCAUUAGGACUACUUUCAAAGGCCACAUGAUUAGUUUGGUUCUUAUGAGUUUUCUUUUCCAUGAUGGUAAAUCCUUUUUAAACUGUCUAGAACCUUAAAACCUCCCACCGAGUAAUUUCCACUACAUCUGUUAAUAGCAGUUGAGUUAUAGUGUAGAAAUGUUUAGAAAUAUACACCCUGGUUGUACACAUCGUCCUUUAACUGUUGUUUUUCUUUCCGUUCCUCUAUCAUGCAGUCAAUCCAAUUGUACUUUAGUGUUUCUCUUCAUCUACAACUCCAUUAGUAUCCUGCCCCCACAUACUAUAACUUUUGACAAAGACUGCAGCACUGUUAGCAGUACCAUGUUGAUCAUGGAAAUCCAAUUUCAGUUUAUUUGGCUGAGAGGCAUCCUUGCUAGGUAAAGACUUGCUGAUAAGGAGGUGCAAACAGCAUUUUUAGACAUUGGGAGCAUUACAGUUGUCAGGUCCAAGGAUAGUUUUUGAGAUGAAUGCAACAUCCAGGCAAGAACAAUCAAUCUAUUACAUAAAGAGAGUAACAGUAUGUAAAUAUGCCAAACAACUGUAUUAAGUGCUUGUGUUAUGUAAAUAUGUAAUGUAAUUUGAAUGUUCAGAUUUGUGUUGGCCCAAAAAUUAGGUGCUUAGUAUGUGAGUGCCACAAGAGGCCAUUUAAUAUAUCAAUAAACUGGCUUGAUGA